AGGUUUACCAAGAACUUGUCUCCAGAACAGAUCAAUCUUAGCACAUUGCGGGGAGAAGGACACCUGACAGAUUUGGAGCUUGAUGAAGAGGCUCUCCAGAACAUGCUGGAUUUACCCACAUGGCUGGCCAUCACACGCGUGUACUGUAAUCGUGCUGCAAUUCGGAUACAGUGGACUAAACUGAAAACUCAUCCAAUAUGUCUGAUGCUGGAUAAAGUAGAGAUUGAAAUGAAAACAUGUGAGGAUCCUCGACCUCCAAAUGGACCUUCACCUAUUGCACUUGCCGCAGGUCAGAGCGAAUAUGGUUUUGCAGAGAAAGUGGUUGAAGGCAUGUUCCUGGAAAUCGGAUGCGUCAGUAUUAAGAUUCAGUCUCAUACAUUUCGUGCAUCUCUGCAGCUGUGGCAACUCCAAGGUUAUAGUGUUAGCCCAAAUUGGCAGCAAAGUGAUUUGCGCUUCACUCGCCUCACCCAUUCCCAGCGUGGAGAGGUCCUUACAUUUAAACAAGUGACUUGGCAGACCCUUCGCAUUGAAGCUGAUGCGUCAGAGAGCUGUGAAGAUGCGCCAACCACUCCUCUACGCCUGCUUACAAAUGGGGGGAGAUUGAAUGUAGCACUUAAAAGAAGGACCAAAGACUGCAUGGUGCUGUCAUCCAAGCUGUCCUUCUUCUUAGAUGAGCUGUUGUGGGUGCUCACAGACUCUCAGCUUCGGGCUUUACUUUCAUACACCAAGUCCUUAAGUGAAGCUGUACAGAAAUCGGUGAGACAGAGGAAGCAACUAGGGGAGCCUCAGGUACCCUCACCCACUGCCCCUCCACCUUGGUCUUUCCCCCCUCCCCCGUCCUCAUCAACCAGUCUUGGCCAAUACUUUGAAAGGUUUGAUGUGAAGGAAACCUCUUAUCAUCUACUCAUCUCAAAGCUUGAAUUACAUGUGUGUGAUGAAAGUCAGACAAGGGGUACAGUCACAGGAGGUGCCAUACAGGUUACUUUGCGUAAAAUUACACUGGAUUAUUAUCCGACCCACAAGGCAGGUCAGAGCUGUGCACAUUGGAAUCGUUUUUCCUCUGCAAUGGGUACCUGUGAGCAGUGGAUGCAGGAACUUGCCCAAGAGAGGCAGGCAAAAGAGGACUGUAAUGACAAUACGCUAGGAAAAAUGCCAUCUCCGAAACAUGGCAGUGCAGGAUCAUCUUCCUCCCUUUACUUCCGUUCUGUGCUGAUCAGAGUAGAUGAUAUGGACAUUCAUCAGGUAUCUUCCUCUGGACAAAGCCCACAAAAACCGCCACUUAUUUCAUGUGGUCAUAUUCCUGGUGCUUGCUCUGCUGUGCACCUUCAGUACACCGAGUUUUAUCGUCUUCCAGGAGACAGCCUUCCAGUGCCUCCUCCUGCUCUGUACAUACAGUUACAUGGUCUGCUGUUAUACAUUGCUACCCAGUCUGUUCUGUGGCUGAAUUAUUUUAUGAUAGACCUAUCACAUCACCUUCAGCAGUUUGCUGCUGUGACUUCUAUUGUAAAUGAAGAAGCUGGGGAGCACAGAGAUGUGCGUUUGGAUGGAUUUAACCUUAAGCUAAGCUUCCCUGUGCCACCUCCUUCUUACAGCCCACCUGAACGUCCUUCUUCAAUAUGUGCCCAUCUUACCUCAGUUACCCUAACAAACACACGGCAAGCUCCUGGGUCAACCAUUGACUUUCUUCAGAAUACCUUCCGGUCCUUUGCUGCUCAUGAAGCUUUUCAUUGUCCUCCAGGACCUUUGCACCCUACAUUUUUGUCUCAUGUGUAUCCUUCAUCUGAGUCCCCAUCAACAUCUUUAUGGAGUUUACAUAGUCCUGGUUUGUCUUUGCGAUUUGAAGGAGGUGUUCCCAAACACCAGUUACUUCUCCACCCCAUGCCAUUUACUGCCUGGGCCUGCCUUUUAAUAUCUGAACGACAACUACAGGUUAUGUUCAAUGUGGAUCAAAUGGUACGAUUGCAGCUGAACCACUACCAUUACCUCACUUUACUACGUUUACAGGAGCAGGUCCAGGCCUUGUUGGAAGGGUUGCAAAAUCUGGCAAAUUCACCAUCACACUUGGCCAUAGAAAUGCCUCCUCUCUGCCCUCCUGCAGUCUGUGUUGGUCUACUGAUUCCAGUGGUUACUAUUUCCCUUAUGCUCCCUGCUUCCCUCUCCCCAGUGCAGCCAGAGGACUCUGAGAGGAGCAGCCUUACUGGAUUUGAACUGACAGAUGGAGACACGGGAAGUGAAAGGGAGAAGAACAAGUUAAUUCCAGUUAAUAAAAAUGAGAUUUCACUUCUUGGACAGGAACCAGCACAAGAACCUCAGGAGGAGUUUUUUGUGCACUCAGGAAUAUCUGCUCAAUCUGAUGAACAUAUCAAGGCAGAAAAAGUAGAAGUGCCAGUAAAAGACAGUCCAAAUAAGGUGGUAGUUCAAGAUACUACACAAGCAAAGGAACUUUCUGUUGAUCUGUUUCUGGGGAAGGAUUUUACACGUGACACUUUGCUUAACACACUGGGUCUGACUAAAGAGACUUUUAGCUUUGGGAAGGAAAGAAUGCAGCGUCUUCUGGGUGACACUAAACAUAAGGACGUGGAUGCUACCCAUAAUCUGACAAGCUCACCUCUUUCUCGCACACAGUCUCUUGACACAGUUUCGAUAGAGGGGCUGGAUGUUUUAUCUUUGGACAGUGAAACCACUGAGAAUUUCUUACUUAAAUUGGAUGCUGAAUUGGAAGUUAAUGUAGAAACAGCAUUAUCUGAUCAAGACACCACCUCUCAGAGUACAGAGGGUCCUGAACCACAGCAGAUUUUGACUUUGGCCCUUCAUCAUGUCACCUCUGUGACUCGCGUACAUGGGGAAGAUGUCUCUGUUACUGUUCAAGCUUUGGACCUCAGCUGUGCACAGAAGAUUGAAGAUUUGAAAGCCCCUGUGACAAGUAUUCCUGGAACUCCUCCUUCUUCUCCCCGUCUACUCCUCGUGUCACAUUGCACUUUGAUCUCGGCCCAGCUGCAGCCUCCUUCUCCCCACUUGCUGAGCGUAAUGGAUUUCUACAAAUGUGGAUUCAAGAUUUUUGCUCAGAGAUACCAGUUUCUGCAAUAACCCACCUAGGACCUUUCCUAGAGGAUGAAAAGAUUCCCGAGAUACUUCCCAUGAUCAUUCAGGUCAACAAUAGCAAGAUCACGCUUAAUGAUGAUGGGCCACGAUUAUACCCCUCUCCAAUCUCUCCUGAGCCAGUUGCCUUCUCUUUGAAGAGCCUGAAAGUACAGCGGAAAGAGGAUGGCGUUUUCAGCCUCACAGGUGAAGAAUCUUCAGAUCCUGUAUCCAGAGCCACACAUCCUUCUUUUGUACAUAGCAGCAUUAGCUCAGAAGCAUUACCUGAAAGUAUGGAGUUUUAUGCGCACUCCGGUCACUCUAAUGGUGGUUCUAUUGUGCAGGAGCUCCAGCAAGAGUUGCUAGCUGCUCGGGCAAAACUGGAACAACAAAAACAGCAAGAGGAGAGGCUCCUCCAAGAAAUCUGGAAAUAUAACCCCCUGUUCAACAUCUGA